GUUCUAAACUAUGUUCUGUAUAAAGUUGGAAAAAGGUCUAAAUUGCUAUUUUUUAAAUUAACUAGGCAUGGAAGUACAACUGCAUCCAAGUUGUUUAUAGACUACUCUCUGUUCAUAACUAUUGAAGUGAUUCCAAGAAAAACACUGCGAAAAUGAGGUUAGGAAGUGUGCUUCUAUACCGGCAAGCUGUAUACAAUGACCAUAUCAUGGCGGUUUGUGCUGCGAUUUAAAAAGAAACUAUCGACACGCUGUAGAUUAUUCAGUGAAGUGAUCAGCAGUAUGACAUUGUGGGAAUGAAUAAUAAAUUAUUUGUUUUGUUGACUUUAUUCGAUUCUAUACUCGGUGUGAUAAUAAUAUACGUAAUAAAAAAAAAAACAACGAAUUAAUUAACAAAAAGUGAGAAAAGGGGCAGGGUAUUGAGUUGUUCUAAAAAACGAUUACCUAACCUCGUUUAUUUUACUGAUGGCUUUGUCAGAUGUUUUACAAUUUGAUUGUUUCGUAGACAAUGAGAUUGCGCGAAAUGCUACGAAGAAUUUUGCUGGAAUGCUAGGGAAAGCAUUCGAACAAUAUAAAAAAUUAUGGAGUGAAUAUUUAAAACUACGAAAGCAUUGUGAAGAUGCUGAUUUUAAAAUUCCAUUUCAAUUGCUUGAAUCAAAUAUUUAUGAUAAUAAAGCUGUUACUGCACUUAAUCCAAGCAAAAUAUCAGAAAAUAAAAAAAUAUUUACAUCUUUGUACAACAAUGUUUGUACCAGUUCUAAUUCUGAUAUUGAUGCAAGUUUAAAUGAUAGUAUUAUAAAUGAUAAAUUUAUUGAGAAACAAAUAUCAGAAGAGAAAUUAUUGCAGAGUCCAAUACUUAUAAAGAAACGUUCUAAAUCUAAAAAGACCAAUAUUACAGAUAAUAAUUUUAUUCUAGAAAAUUUUGAGAUAAAUGAAACAUAUCCAAAUAUACCAAUAAAAGAAAAUAUUUUAAUAUUAACAGGAAAUAAUUUUAGGGAAGAUACAAUACUUGAGAAAUCACAAAAUAAAAUUUCAAUUAAUGAAAAUAGUAAUGAUGAGAUAAAAUGUACACCUAAUAAAAUAUCAAAAAAAUUAAGAAUUAAUACAUUAUAUAAUGUAGAUACCACAUUAUUACAAAAUGGUAAAAAAUUGAGACAGACAAAACUUAUGUUUCUUCCAGAUACACAAUCCAUUAAUACUGCAACUCAUGAAAAUUCAAAUAUUUCAAAAGUACAUGCAUUAUCUAUAUCUAAAAAAGACAUAGAAAAACUAGAAAAUUAUAAUAAAUCUAUAGAAGAAGAAGUAAUUCAAAAUAGUCCCAAAAAACAUAUAGAAUUAAGUUCAAAAAUAAAAUGUUUAAAAUUGAAAAAUAAAACCUCAAAUAAGAAAAUAAAUCAAUCUAGUCUCAAUUUAUUAUCUGUAGAAACAUCUACACAAUCAAAAAUUGAUGGUAAUAUUUUAAAUCCAUCCUUUUUUCAAACAAUUUCAGAUAUUAAAUAUUCUGAAAAUAAAAAUUUAUCAACUCCAAUAAAAAAAAUUAAAACAUUAGAGAUAGAAAAAAAUAUUACACCAACAGAAAAGAGAAAAUAUCCAGAAUUAAUCAAUCAAAUGUUUGAUACCAAUUCUUCAAUAUAUGAUGAAACGUAUUGUCUUUUAGGAGAAAAAAUUAAACAAAGACCUUAUGAUAAAAAUGAAUUAAAAGAAAAUAAAUUUGAAAAUAAAAAGUCACCGGAAUAUCCACCUAUAAAGAAAUAUUUUAUGGAUAGUUUUGAUAUAGUUCCUAAUAAAAAAAAACAAGAGAAUAAAUUAUCAAAGAAAAGAUUAGAAAGAGAAAAAAUGAUUGGUAUUACUUGUUGGGAAUGUGAAAAGUAUUACACUAAUCUUGGAAUUUCUGAGGAAGAAAUAAAAAUGAGACGAAAUAAGUGUUCUCGACAUAGAACUAUAUAUAAUGAAAAAAUUAAUACACCUGAAGGUUUUUGGUGUCCUGUAUUUCCUGAUACUACUUUUCAAUCUACUUUCCCAGAUUGAAAUAAAGCAUGAUAUGCUUUUUAUUUAUUAUCUUAUAAAUAUCUUACAAAUAAUUGUUUAUUUUAAAAGUUAUAUUAAUUUUAAAGAAUAAUAACAUAAAUGUAUAAAUAUUUCUAAAUAUGUAAUAUAAAGUUUAUAGCUCAAGAAAAGAUAAAUAAAUUUGAAGAAUAAAAAUGUAUACAACAUAUUAUGAUUUGAACAUAGAGUGAUUUAUUAUAUUAUAACACAUAUAGUAUUACAUUUUGAGUAACAUAGUAUAGAUUUAUAUAUUAUUUCAUUUUAUAUAGACUCAUUCCUUUGCAUAAAAAUAUAGAAUCUUUUAUAUGAAUCUGUAUUUAAAAAAUGAAACUAAUGAAACUAAUGAAACUUAUCCUUUGUCAAACAAACUUUUAUGUUGAGUUCACAAUAUAUAUUGUAUUAAUUUAAAAUGUAACCUAUUAUAAUUAAUAUUUUUAAAUUUUUGUGAUUUAAUUUGAUAUUUAAACUAUAAAAUAUUCAGAUGUAGAAGCAACAUUAGAAAAUAAAAUUAUUUUUAUACUUUA